AUGGUCCUGCUGCGUUUCUUGCUCGCCUUUGCAUCUGUGGCGGCCGUUGCAAUCUGCCAGGAUGCUAGUACAACGACAGUAGAUAUCCAAAACCUGGACGAGGAUACGAAAAAGCAAUGGUGCACAGCACAAACCUCCUCCUGCCCACUCCUGUGCCUGCAGCUCCCCGGUGCAUCUGGAGACCCGACAUCGAACACAUGCGACAGUGACACCCUCGUCUACAGCUGCGUCUGCGACAACAACCAGUCCCCCAACUCCUCCGAAUACUCCCAAACAAUUCCCUAUUUCCUCUGCACAGAAGAAAAUAACAAUUGCGUGGCGGCCUGCGGCGACUCCACCUGCCAGGACCGAUGCCGCACCAGCAACCCUUGCGGCGCCCAGAACCCUAAGCUCGCGAACACGACGUCCACCAAUGGCUCGACUACGACGACGAGUGCCACUACCUCGACGACCUCGACUCUGGCGCCGUUCACGGGCUUGCCCAGUGACGAUGACGAGGGAGCUGCUGUGAGGCCUGUAACGGACCUUAGGCAGGUCUAUGGGCUAGUUGCUGUCUUGGGCGGUUUCUUUGCUGGCUUUGCGAUUUUGCUGUGA